AUGUAUAAAUUCUCCCUCUAUCUCCUCUGGUUCCUUGGCAGUUUGAUACUCCCAUCUACUUUCGUAUACGCAGCGACGGAUUUCUAUUUCCAAUGGCCCACAAAUACUUCUUCAUGUCAGGCCGUACCGAUUAGUUGGUCAGAAGGCAAAGCCCCAUUCAAGGUGUGGAUCGUACCGGUAUACGGCCAACCAUUUUUCUAUGAUAUCUCAGAUUCUUACUAUUCCAAUGGAACGGGCAGUACGGAGAUCCUUCUUCAACUAGCAGCCGGUGUGAACUACGUCGUAGUCAUGUCAGAUGCCAACGGACUAGCCACGGGGGGAUCAUCCGAAGUUCAAACUGUCCAACCGGCAAAUGAUACUAGCUGUCUAACAUGGGCUAGCUCACGUUCAGAAUCGUUAGAUUUCACAUUUACAGUCUCAGGACAGGCUGUACAGUGUCAGAGAGGGUUCGAGAUGUCUUGGUCGGGAGGAUUGGAAUAUGGUCCAUAUAAUUUUACGGUCAUUGCGAUGGAUCAGAGUUUCAACGCUUAUGAUGUGACAUUAGAAAAAGGUGUGACUAGUCAGAGUGAUUGGGUGUUGGAUAUUCCUGCGAACUCGAGGUUUAUCGUCAUGAUGAACUCCGGCAGAGGGUACGGAAGAGGUGGUACAUCCGGUAUAUAUUCCGUAUCGGAUUCAGACGAUUCAUCAUGUCUUCAAGCAGAUCCUCAAGUUACAGGUACAUGGCCGAGUACGAUAACGACCGGUACGCUCGAUCCGCCUACCCUGCCUAUCACCCAAUCGGCCAGUGACUACAAGAAAUCUGGCAUAUCAGGAGGAGCGAUCGCAGGGGUUGUCAUAGGAGUAUUGGCCUUCUUCGCCAUUGUGGGGAUUAUCUUGUUCUUUUUGAUUCGAAGGAGAAAGAGAAGGAAUCAAGGACAAAGUGUGGGCAAGUUAGAUGGAUCACAUAUCGAUCUGGCAAAUGACGAUGAUGGCAAUAAUGGACCGAAUAGAAAUGGGAUGGUAGAACCUUACAGAGAAAUAGGAUCUUUCCUACCUCCCGUAGGACACUCACAAUCUCCACAUGUGUCCAGUUCGCAUUCUCAUCUGUCCGAUCCGGCAGACAUAGCGGCUAUGGGUGUAUCGAAUACGAAUUCGACAUCGAAUAUCGGUACUCAAGGCCACCAACAUUCGUCUUUGCUUGAAGAGACUAAUAAUCCUAGUUCACCAGGUAUAGCUGGACCAUUACCUUCUAAAUCAGCUGUAUCUACGCCAACCUCGCCUGAUAAUACUCAACCUAUAUUACCUUAUUCCAACUCAAGUUCUCAGCUACAGAAUCAGAAUCAGAAUCAGAAUCAACGGUCAGGAAGCGAUGAUACAUCUUCUUCUAAACCAUCUAUAUCUCGUCAAGUCCUUCACGCAUUCAACGAUAGACCUCCCCAGGCAGGACCACCGGGGGGUAUGCGCGUGACCAAUCCGGAGAAUCCAGAACAGAUACCGACGUUACCACCUGGAGCUAUGCACGCACCUGCACAUUCACGUGCAAACCCACCUAGGAGGAGACAGGAGGGACCGACUUUCAGGAGACAUGCGGAUGCAGGAAGGUUCGAAGAGGAGAUCGUGGACCUGCCGCCCUUGUAUAGCGAGGUACCAAGAGACGGCCCUGGGUCUGGUUCGGGAACGGUUUCGCCCAGUCCCACGGACCCAUAUACCGAUAGGUGA